CAAAACAAAAUUAGCGGGUGUAUUAUAUGCUCCGCUUGGGAUUCACAAUACCUUGCGUCAGUCAGUUCGUUAAAUGUGUAAAAUCUAAUGAGUAACUCAUAUUGUCUGUCUACUCUGUAUAAGUUUCAAUUGUAUUUCCUUGUCCACAAUGUGUCUAAACAUACUGAGAUCAGAUCAGUCGCUUUUGAUAUGCAACCACUGUGUAUAUCAUUUAUUCCACUGAGAAUAGCGCUGACCCGUGGCUAAACCAAACAUAAUGAUCUGAUUCGCGCUUCAAUUGUUUUGUACGUUAGUUCAUCAUGUUUCAUGGAAUACCUGCCUCUGGAGUGAUGGGAGGAGCACCUGCCAACAAGCCAGAACUGUAUGAGGAAGUGAAAUUGUACAAAAAUGCCAGAGAAAGAGAAAAGUAUGACAACAUGGCAGAGUUGUUUGCUGUGGUCAAAACGCUUCAGGCCCUGGAAAAAGCCUACAUUAAGGACUGUGUGACUCCAAACGAAUACACAGGAGCUUGCUCAAGAUUGCUUGUCCAGUACAAGGCUGCUUUCAAACAAGUCCAGGGAUCAGAUGUGGGCUCCAUUGAUGACUUUUGUCGGAAAUACAGGCUGGACUGUCCACUGGCUAUGGAAAGGAUCAAAGAGGAUCGACCAAUCACCAUUAAGGAUGACAAGGGCAACCUGAAUCGCUGCAUUGCAGACAUAGUUUCUCUCUUUAUCACAGUGAUGGACAAACUUCGACUUGAGAUUCGUGCCAUGGAUGAGAUCCAGCCUGACCUGAGAGAGCUCAUGGAGACCAUGAAUCGAAUGAGCAACAUGCCUCCAGAUUCAGAGGCCAAAGACAAAGUCAGCCUCUGGUUAACCACACUAAGCAGCAUGUCUGCAUCUGAUGAGCUGGAUGACUCCCAGGUUCGCCAGAUGCUCUUUGACCUGGAGUCUGCCUACAACGCCUUUAAUCGUUUCUUACACUCUUCUUAAAUGUUUCUUCCCUCUCUGAGCUCUCUGAACUCUUUUCCACCAGCUUUUUGUUUUUUUAUCAAACCUUUGUUUCAUUUUGCCCAUGUCUCUUGUAGGAAUGUAGGAACUUUAAAUCCAAUUAGAGUACUGCUUACUAAGGCUUAUAUUGUUCAGUAAUACAAUCAGGAUUAUAUUAUUCACAGAUUUGAAAA